AUAUAACCCGAACCCAAAUCACCACCAUCUCCCACACUCCCAAUCCAAUCCCUCACUUCCUCCACCGCCAUGGCCGCAACCACCGCCGCCGCCGCUGCCGCCACAUCAUCAUUUCUAGGCACCCGCCUCGCCGACCUAUAUUCCGGUUCGGGCCGGGUCCAGGCCCGGUUCGGAUUCGGACGCAAAAAGGCUCCACCAAAGAAGAUUGCGAAGCAGGGCUUUGACCGCCCACUUUGGUACCCGGGAGCGAAAGCGCCCGAAUGGUUAGAUGGGAGUCUUGUUGGGGAUUACGGGUUUGACCCGUUCGGGUUGGGUAAACCGGCCGAGUACUUGCAAUUUGAUUUGGACUCGUUGGAUCAGAACUUGGCUAAGAACUCGGCGGGUGAUGUAAUCGGGACCCGGUUCGAGAGCGCGGAUGUGAAGUCGACGCCGUUUCAGCCGUACACAGAGGUGUUUGGGUUGCAGAGGUUUAGGGAGUGUGAGCUGAUUCAUGGAAGGUGGGCUAUGUUGGCUACGCUCGGCGCGCUUACUGUUGAGUGGCUCACUGGUGUUACGUGGCAAGACGCUGGAAAGGUGGAGCUAAUUGAAGGUUCAUCCUACCUUGGCCAACCACUUCCAUUUUCCAUAACCACAUUGAUAUGGAUUGAGGUCAUAGUCAUUGGAUACAUAGAGUUCCAAAGGAAUGCUGAGCUUGACCCGGAAAAGAGGCUCUACCCGGGUGGAAAAUUCUUCGACCCGCUUGGUUUGGCCUCGGACCCAGAGAAGAAGGCAACCCUCCAAUUGGCGGAGAUCAAGCAUGCCCGCCUUGCCAUGGUAGCCUUCCUAGGUUUUGCCGUCCAAGCUGCUGUCACCGGCAAAGGGCCACUCAACAACUGGGCGACCCAUUUGAGUGACCCGCUCCACACAACCAUUAUAGACACCUUUUUCUCUUGAGCUCUUUUUUUGUCUAUGAUCGGGUGUGGUUGAGAACAUUUUAUUUGUAUGAAUUAUUGUCUUUGUAAAAAUUGUUAUAUUUUGACGGUCUAAUUAAGCAUAUAUUAUAUAGUCUUUAUUAUCAAUAUAUGAUAAUAUGGACCAAGUAAUUUUUUUUGGGA